CCGGCCUGAAUCUCUCAUACUCUGAUGAAAAUUUCCUAUAUUCCAAACCAUGUGGAGCUUCAGGGAAGCGGAGUAAACUAGGAACAACUGAACAAGCUUUGCUUCAUCACGGCCGGCCUUGCCUGGCAAUUGGCAUCUUGGCCUUCUUGGAAGUACCGCACCGUACAAAUAUACCUGGAGCGCCAGAAGCCAAAUUCUGGAGCGCCAGAUAAAUUACCCUCUGCAACCGAAUCCCAGUUGCCUCUCCAGUUGCUAGUUCCCCAUGGCCAGACAUUCAUUCUUCUUCUUCUUCUUCUUCCUUGCCUUGUUUCUGCAACACCUCCACAUUAGUGUCGGUUUACCUGGAAGGAGUUUAGCAGCAGCAACAGAGCAAUGGCAGCCCAUGCAGUGCGACGCUGCGUCGCUCAACCCAUCAUCGUGCAGCUCAUACCUUUAUGUGACUCCUCAAGGGCGCAGCCUGUCCGAGAUAGCCUCCCUCUUCAAUGGCAGCACAUCUCUCACCCAGCCCAUCAAGCGGCGCUCUGGUUCAGAGGACUUGCUGCUCCGUGUGCCGUGCGUGUGUGGUGCAAUCAAUGACACCAUGAGCGGUCUCUUCCAUGAUACUGAAUACAAGGUGAGUCCAGACGACACGGCUGACAGCAUCAACAGUAACUUCAGUGGGCUUGCGUGGAACGUUAUUCCUACAGCAAACAAGACAAUCACGGUUCACCUUCUGUGCGGUUGUUCCUCCAUGGCAUCGGAGGGGGUGGUUUCUUACACAGUCCAGCCUAAAGAUACACUGAGCAACAUCGCAACCUUGUUCAGAUCAGGCUCGAGGGAGAUCCUAAGCUUGAAUGCGGGGGUCACGGAUCCUGAUUUUCUUAAGGAAGGUUGGAUCUUGUUCAUCCCGAUGGGAGUUGCUAGUUCUUCUAAAAGAAAGUUUGGCGGUUUACCGAUCAUAAUCACAGUAUCAAUAUCAGCUGCAAUUAUGCUCCUUUUCGCGCUCACCAUUGUACUUCGCCUGAGAAGGAGAUCUCUGGUGCCCAAUGUUGAAGUGCCAAAGAAAGAGAUGGAGAGAGUUCCCAGCAACACAAGCAUAGCUAUCCUAGAGAGCCGUUACUUUCCAACCAAGAGGAUUGAUGAUAUUGAUCCAUUCCAAACGGAGAGGCCUGUGAUUUUCAGCCUGAAAGCGGUUGGAGAGGCCACAGCUAACUUUGAUGAGAAGAGGAAGAUUGGUGAGGGUGGAUAUGGCAUGGUCUACCUAGGUUUCAUAGGAACACAUGAGAUUGCAGUUAAGAUGAUGAAAGACAGCAAAUCAAAGGAGUUCUUUGCUGAGCUGAAAGUGCUGUGCAAAGUACAUCACAUAAAUGUGGUUGAGUUGAUUGGCUAUGCUUCUGGGGAGGAUCACCUGUACCUUGUUUACGAGUAUGUUCAGAAUGGAUCACUGAGUGAGCAUCUCCAUGAUCCUUUGCUGAAAGGUCAUCAACCUCUCUCAUGGACUGCAAGAACACAGAUAGCAACGGAUGCUGCACGCGGUAUCGAGUACAUCCAUGACCAUACAAAGGCCUGCUAUGUGCACCGUGACAUCAAAACCAGCAAUAUUCUGCUAGAUGAUGGACUAAGAGCUAAAGUUGCGGAUUUUGGGCUGGUAAAGCUAGUUGAGCGCAGCGACGAAGAAGAUUGCCUGGCAACUCGUUUGGUUGGAACGCCAGGCUACCUUCCACCGGAGUCAGUUCGUGAGCUUCACAUGACCACGAAGUCUGACGUCUAUGCGUUUGGAGUAGUUCUUGCAGAGCUGAUCACUGGUCUCCGUGCACUUGUGCGGGACAAUAAGGAAGCUAAUAAGACAAAGUCGCUUAUCUCAACUAUGAGGAAAGCUUUCAAAUCAGAAGAUGUGGAGAGCUCACUGGAGAAAAUCAUAGAUCCCUCCUUGAAGGACAACUACCCCAUAGAAGAAGUGUGUAAGCUGGUAAACAUUUCGAUGUGGUGCUUGAGUGAGGAUCCAUUGGACAGGCCUGAGAUGAGGGAGAUUAUGCCAAUGCUGUCUCGAAUUCAUUUGACCUCCAUAGAGUGGGAAGCGUCGCUCGGAGGUGACGCCGAAGUCUUUAGUGGUGUUUUCAAUGGUAGAUGAUCAAAACGGCAUGUAUGCUAUCAUGUAGAUACUAGAAGUGUGCUCCUGUUGAUUUUUGUUAGAGAAUGGUUAUUGGUUUGCAGCUUCUGGUAUAUUUGUACUUGCGACCAAGUUGUUCUCUUUGCAAGAUUUUGACUCAGUGAAGUCAGCCAUAUAAUUUCUUUUGAUAAUGGAGGAAUUGGUAAUGGAAU